CAGAGCGCGCAGACUCGCAGCAACUGGCCGACGGUGGGGCGCUCGGAGCUGACUGCUGGGCUCCAGUGGCCAUGGGGCGCACGGCUGGGCAGCUCGGCUCGUCGCUUCUGGGGCUGUGGCUGCUGAUGUGCAGCUGGGGGUGCCCUGGGAGCGCCGAGCUGCGGGCCCCGCCGGAUAAGAUCGCAAUUAUUGGAGCUGGAAUUGGUGGCACUUCAGCAGCCUAUUAUCUGCGGCAGAAAUUUGGGAAAGAUGUGAAGAUUGACCUGUUUGAAAGAGGAGAGGUGGGAGGCCGCCUGGCCACCAUGACUGUUCGAGGGCAAGAAUACGAGGCAGGAGGUUCUGUCAUCCAUCCUUUAAAUCUGCACAUGAAGCGUUUUGUCAAGGACCUGGGUCUGUCUACUGUUCAGGGCUUUGGUGGCCUAAUGGGGGUGUAUAAUGGAGAGACUCUGGUGUUUGAGGAGAGCAGCUGGUUCAUAAUUAACAUGAUUAAACUAAUUUGGCACUAUGGAUUUCAGUCCCUCCGAAUGCACAUGUGGGUAGAGGAUAUAUUGGACAAGUUUAUGAGGAUCUACCGCUACCAGUCUCAUGACUAUGCCUUCAGUAGCGUAGAAAAGUUACUACAUUCUCUUGGAGGGGACGAAUUCCUUGGAAUGCUUAACCGAACACUUCUUGAAACCUUGCAGAAAGCAGGCUUCUCUGAGAAAUUCCUCAAUGAAAUUGUUGCUCCUGUCAUGAGGGUCAAUUAUGGCCAAAGCAUGAACAUCAAUGGCUUUGUGGGGGCAGUAUCAAUGUCCUGUGCGGAUUCUGGCCUUUGGGCAGUAGAAGGUGGAAAUAAACUUGUUUGCUCAGGGCUCCUUCGUGCGUCCAAAAGCAACCUUAUAACUGGCUCAGUAAUGUACAUAGAGGAGAAAACAAGGACCAAGCGGAUAGGAAAUCCCACAAAGAUGUAUGAAGUGGUCUACCAAAUUGGAUCUGAGACACGUUCAGACUUCUAUGAUAUCGUCUUGGUGGCCACUCCAUUGAAUCGAAAAAUGUCCAACAUAACUUUUCUCAACUUUGAUCCUCCAAUUGAGGAAUUCCAUCAGUACUACCAACAUAUAGUGACAACUUUAAUUAAGGGGCAACUGAAUUCAACUCUUUUUAGCUCUAGAGCCUUAGACAAAUUUGAUCUCAGUACAAUCUUAACCACUGAUAAUUCAGAUUUGUUCAUUAAUAGCAUUGGGAUUGUGUCCUCUGUAACAGAAAAUGAUAAUCCUCAACCAUCAACAGAAAGGGCGCAUGUUUGGAAGAUCUUUUCUCAAGAAAUCCUCACUAAAGAACAAAUAUUAAAGCUCUUUUUGUCUUAUGAUUAUGCUGUGAAGCAGCCAUGGCUUGCAUAUCCUCGCUAUAAGCCUCCAGAGAAAUGCCCCUCCAUCAUACUCCACGAUAGACUUUACUACCUCAAUGGCAUAGAGUGUGCAGCAAGUGCCAUGGAGAUGAGUGCCAUUGCAGCCCACAAUGCCGCUCUCCUUGCUUAUCAUCGCUGGAAUGGGCACACAGACAUGAUUGACCAAGAGGACUUAUAUGAGAAACUUAAAACUGAACUAUGAAAUGAUACUGAUCACUUUUCCCCCUCCUGGUUCCAAAUGGAAUAUCACUGGCAAAAAAGAACACAAUCUGAGCAGAGAUGAUUUUGAAUCUGAUAUUUUGCCAUAUAUUAGUACUGUUUAACAAAAGUAAUCCCAGUGAGUCAUGAGAAAAUAACAGGUUUCUAAUUAAGCAUGAAGGGGUUAACUACUAUCUUUAUACCAUCUCCAAAAUUUCUUAACUCUUCUUUUAGUAUCUGCCAACAGUAUAGAAUCACCUGAAGUUUGUUAAGCAUGUGGUUUCUCUAGCUCCUCUGGAGAUUCUGAUUCACUAGGUCUGGUGGGUGGGGGCCCUGGAUUUAUUUCAUGCUGAGCACUUGAGAAAGAAUUUAAAGAUGUUAACUUUUAGUUGGGGACUAGUUCAUUUGUGCUUCACAGCUGGAAGUGACCUUCAGUCAGAUAGUUAACACUUAACUAUUAGAGCUGGUAUCCUAUGCUUGGCUUUAAUUUAUACUUUUUCAAAGUAGAUGUGCCCAUGCUAGAAGCCUUGACUUUCUGAAUAUUCUUUGGAUUCCUUCCCCCCUGAUUUUAUUAGGGGUGAAAUUCAGAAGCCUUAGGAGAACUUUGUCAUACAAAAAUCUCAAGUAAAAUGAAAGCAAAUAUAGGCUAUUGAUUUAAGAAAUUGGCAGUCUAUUAUCAAAUCCUCACCUAUGGAACUUUAAGAAAUAUUGAAAGACCCCCAUGCAACCAGAGAUUCUGAUCUAAUGGAUUGAGGAUAGGAUCUCAGCAUUGUAGCUAAAAAGUUUCUAAGGUGCAACCUGGGUUGAGAAUCACUAAUGUGGGGGUUUAAGAUGUCUCCAAAGGGUUUUUAGUGCCUUAAAAGUCCCAAGAAACUGAAUGCAUUAUCAAAGCAGGUUCAUUUUUGUGAAGAAUCAUUUCUCUCAAUAAGAACUCUAGUAGUAAUCUUGAUAGUAAGCACUGACAAGAGGCAACUUAGAUUUCUCCAGAGCAGUUGACACUAGGAGAUCCAGAAUGACACCACAAUCAAAUCCAGCAUUAUGUUCAAACUUAAAUGCUUCUAAAACUACUGUAGCAUUUGGGGUGAGAAACCGGUUGCUGAAAUCUUGUUUUUAAGGCAGUUCUCAACUUUGGCUGCACACUGGAAUAAUCUGUAAGAGUUUAAAGCUUCUCAAAUGAUUCUAAUAUGCAACCAAACUUAAGAACCAGUUCUACAUCUAUCAUACAAAGAU